AUGAAUCUGGUACUGACAAACCUGUAUGAUUUUUCAUUAAAACCAAGAGAGGAAACAGACUUUAAAGAAAUAUACCCUGAUCUUGAUGAAAGUUGUCAACUUCCUGUCUUUGUCGUUGAGAGGAAUACUAGUUCAGAGGAAACAACCAACUCACGUCAUGCAGUGAAUUUAUCUGAACUCAAAGCACCCAUGUAUAGACGAGUUCCGCAGUUGAGUUUAACGCCUACAAACCUACGAUUUAGCAAGCAAUUAUCAGAGUAUGGAUUUCAGAACCCUUCUAAGUUAACAAGUAAAUCCAAUCCAGAUACAUACAUUAGACCAUUCCAACUCAAUACAUCACUUAAAGAAACGACAGCAUCAAUUGAAAAGUUUAUUGAAAAAAAGAAAAACUUAGUGGAAUAUGAUAUGGAUGAGCAGGACUAUUUGUUUUUACGAGAUCGAAAUAGCCAACCAGAAAAUGUUAUCAAAAUUACACCAGAAGUUUUUGAAAUUAUGAUGACAUCUUUAGAGAAUCAAUGGUUUGCAUUGGAAUUAAAAAUGAAUUCAAUUACAACAAAUGGUGGGAACGGCUCUAAUGAUCCUGGGUCGAACCACAAAUUGCUCACUAUAGGUCACAAUAAUGCUCGAUAUGGGAAUGAUGAUGGGAUUGUUCCUGGAUCCAUUUAUGAUCAAAAAUGCGCUGUUUGUAAUGAUAGUGAUUGUGAUAAUGCCAAUGCAAUCGUUUUUUGUGAUGGGUGUGACAUUGCAGUACACCAGGAGUGUUAUGGGGUUGCAUUUAUUCCUGAGGGUCAAUGGUUAUGUCGUAAAUGUAUGAUUAAUAAAAACCGAACAACGGAAUGUGUGUUUUGUCCCAGUACGACCGGUGCGUUCAAACAGUUGGAUAAUAGUUUAUGGAGUCAUGUGAUUUGUGGAUUGUGGAUUAAUGAAUUAUAUUUUGCCAAUCCAAUUUACAUGGAACCUAUUGAGGGGAUGGAAGGAAUACCGAAAAGCCGAUGGAAAUUGUCGUGUUAUAUAUGUAAGCAGAGGGUUGGUGCUUGUAUUCAGUGCUGCAACCGAAAUUGUUUUCAGGCAUACCAUGUAACUUGUGCCAAACGUGCAGGGUUGUAUAUGAAUAUGACUCAAGGUAUUAAGGGUGCAAUUAGCAAUAAAUUGACAUUAAAAUCAUUUUGUGAAAAACAUAGCCCUGCUGAGUUUGAUGAAACUAAAGUGCUAGAAGGUAUAAGAAGAACUAGGUUGUAUUUUCGUGACACAAAGUUAUUGAAUGAAGAGAAUGCACGAUUAAGUAAAGAUAGAGAAACUGCAAACAAGUUGAAUAUCUUUAAAUGGAACACAGAAGCAAACACACCAAUUGCUCCUAAAUUGUUUAGUGACGUUCUAGUCAAGAUACUAUAUCAAUUGAAAGUGGAGAAUCAAAUUAGUCUACCUGAGGAAUCAACCAACGAAGUAUUGCAUUUGAAAGUUUUGCCCAAUAGAAGCAAGAUGGAGAUUGAUCAAGAUUUGAGGUCAAUAGCAGAUGAGGUGUGUCGAUAUUGGUGCUUGAAGAGGAAACUGAAACGAGGGGCAUCUUUGAUCCGCAAAAACAACAACUUGAUAUCAACGAGCUCGAUACUAUAUGAUUCUAAUUCUCUAGAAAGUAACGAUGUUAGUGAGCCGAAGAAGAAAAUAGACUUUGCUGAAUCAUUGGUAAAUGAUAUCGAUAGACUUAUUUCCAUGGGGGAAAUGUUAACAGAAGAACAAGAAGUGAACCAUGAAAUAAAUCUGGUGAAUUUCGACGUUGUUGAUCUGGUAUACUUUCCUUUGAAACAACUAAUUGAGGUGACUAUAAUGGGUUUAAAUAAUAAAUUUGACUCCAAUGAAACUCUACAAACUUACAAACCCAAAUCAGAUAAUGUCAUUUCCUUAAAUUCCAUUUCUUUAAAGAAUUCUCAAUAUGGUUACCAAUCGAUAGAUCAGUUGGAGCAGGAUGUCGAAAAUUUGCGGGAAUACAUAUACAAAGACAAUAAACCGAGUAGUGCUGUUUAUAAAAAAAUGAAAAAUUGGAUUGCAGGAUUUCGUAAAGAAUUGCCGUCGUUACGGUUGUUUGAAAUGGAGAUUAUGAACGACGCAAAUAAUGGGAAAUUGCUUUCGUUUCCUUAUGUUAAAUCUGCUGGAACAAAUACAGAUUUGGAGCUUAUUGAUUAUCGCGUGGUAUUGGAAGAGAACGAUCUCAGUGAAAUUGACGACGAUGAGAUUGAAUCUGACCAAAAUCGAGAAGAUUUACAGAAAUUUUUACAAGUCUAG